AUGACAUCCGGACAAGAGAAAGAAAUGGUUGCCAAGGAAGACCUCGCUCCAGGUCAGAAAGUUCUUUAUCACCCUGUUGGCGGUAGUCUACAAGUGACGGAGGGUAUCAUUAAAGAUAUUCUUACUGAGCCUGAGCAUGCUGGAAGUACUCAGAAGCGGGUCCAAGCAAGUGAGGAAGAGCCUCGAAUUGUGAUUGAAAAUCUCAAGACUCAUAAGGAAACCGCGUAUAAGGUAGAGAAUAUUGAAAAAAUUCUCGAGGAAUAA